GAAGGCAGGAGGACGCUUGUUACAGAAGAGAGGGUCGAACACAAACACCAAGAACAACACACACCAGAUUCCCUCUGGUCAAUUAUUCACACUGACCAGAGAAGAUGGCUGAUCUGAAUCUCCGAGACUACCAGCUGGAGGUGGUGCAGCGGGCGGUGGCGCGAGAGAACGUCAUCAUCUGGCUCCCCACCGGCGGAGGGAAAACCAGAGCUGCGGUUUACGUCGCCAAGCAUCACCUGAAAACCACGCCCAACGCCAAGGUGGCUGUCCUCGUCAAUAAGGUACACCUGGUGGAUCAGCAUUAUAGUAAUGAGUUUCGGGACCCGCUGAGGGCCUACCAGGUGUCUCCUAUCAGCGGGGACUCGGAGGAGAAGAACUUCUUUGGCUGCGUGGUCAAGGACUCGGACGUGGUCAUCUGCACAGCACAGAUCCUCCAGAACGCCCUCACCAACAUGGAGGAGGGGAAACACGCAGACCUCACAGACUUCACGCUGCUGAUCAUCGACGAGUGUCACCACACAAACAAGGACCACACGUACAACAAGAUCAUGGCGCAGUACGUGAAGAGCAAGAUGAAGGGGGAGAGGAGGCUGCCCCAGAUCCUCGGCCUCACCGCCUCACCUGGCACCGGGGGAGGCAGAACCAUCGAGAACGCAGUCAAACACGUGCUGGAGAUAUGUGCAAAUCUGGAUUCAAUAAUUGUUUCGACUGAAAACUACAAACCUGAGUUGAUAAAGGUGGUUCCCAAGCCAGUGAAGAGAUACGACAUUGUGGUUCAAAGGCCUCAGGACCCCUUUGCUGACCACCUGAAGGACAUGAUGAAGAUGAUUCACGACUUCAUGUCUGCAGACGAGCUCAUCUCCUUCCGCCUCUUUGGGACGCAGGAGUACGAGCAAGACGUGAUGCAGCUGAGGAAACUGGGCGAGAUGACAGAGAACCGACUUCUGUCUCAGUGUGGCAUCCACCUGAGGAAGUAUAACGACGCGCUUUUCAUCAACGACACAGUGCGCACCGUGGACGCCCUGCGUUUCCUGGAGGACUUCUACGACUCCAAGGAGGGCUUUGCCCUUGACGGCGUUGACACCUACUUGGCAGGACUGUUUGAAGCGAAUCGACGGGAGCUGAAGUUGCUGGUGGAUACGGGCAUUGAGAACCCCAAGCUGGUGCGUCUGGCGGAGGCCCUGCUGGAGCAGUUUAGAGGGCCGUCCAGGUGCACCAAGUGCAUCAUCUUCUCCAAGACAAGGCAGGGCACCCACUACCUGUGGGACUGGGUGAAAACCAACCCCCGACUCAUGGACGCCGACAUCAAGCCUGCGCCCCUCGUCGGGGCGGGCACAGGCGAAACCCACAUGACCCAGAACAAGCAGAAAGACACCAUCACCAUGUUUAGGCAGAACAAAUACAACCUACUCAUCUCCACCAGCGUGGCCGAAGAGGGGCUGGAUAUCCCAGAGUGCAACAUGGUGGUGCGUUACGGCCUGUUGACCAACGAGAUCGCUCAGCAGCAGGCGCGGGGCCGGGCGCGGGCCGAGGACAGCGUCUACUCUGUGGUGGCCACGGCGGGCAGCCGCGAGGUGCGGCGCGAGAAGACCAACGAGUACCUAGAGGAACUGACCGGCGAGGCCGUCACCCGGGUGCAGCGCAUGGAGAGGGACGACAGACGCACGUACCAGCGCAGGAUUGCGGAGCUGCAGAAGGCUGCGGUGAUUGAGCGUGCGAUGGCGGCGCAUUCGAUGGACAGGGCCCGGCACCGCUACACUGCGGCGCAGGUGCAGCUCAGCUGCCGCCAGUGCUUCACCGUGGUCGCCUCCGGAUCUGACAUCAGCAUCAUCGAGAACAGCCAUCACGUCAUCAUCAACUCUGACUUCAAGGACCAUUACACCACUGGAGGAACAGUAGUCAUGGAGAGGGCUUUUGAGGACUGGGAGCCUGGACGAAAGAUCUUCUGCAGAAGAUGCAAGAAGGACUGGGGCAUGGAGAUCAAGUUCAAAAAGGUGGCCAUUCUCCCCUGCAUAGCCAUCACCAGCUUCUCCAUCAAGACUCCCCAAGACACACUGACUCCAAAGAAGUGGAAGAAUGUGCCGUUCCCAGUGGAAGAGUUCGACUUCCUCAAGUAUAUGGAGAGCCUGGACAUCGACCUUGACUGAUUUGACACAAUCAAUCUGUGCAAAAGACAGAUGCUCAUUGGUGAGCAAAAGUUACAGCAAUCAAAUGAAGUUUGCGACACCAGGAAAACAUGUUAUGGACUAAUCUGACAUGCAAACAUGCAACAAAGCACUUUUUUUGGCAUGGCCUGUUUAAAAUACUAUGAAAUGGCCAGAGCUAGCGAUCCCAGUUUAUCCCAAUUUUAUCAGUCCCUUUUGAUGAACACAGUGAAGACAUAAAAUCAUGAAAUAAUGAAUUAGCUAUAGGCAACUGGUUUGCUUCUUGGAGUUUUGAUUCAUCUUCUAAUUUCCACGACAUCAGACCAGAAGCUGGAGAAAUCCUUGAGACACAGACAAAGCGUCUUUGCAGCUUUAAAAACAAGUCCUAUUGCCUAAAAGUAACUCUUUUUAACAGUCUCUCUCUAUCUCUUUCUCACUCUCUUUCCUGAAGCUCAACUUUUUGUUUUAGCAAGGCACCACUGGCACCACCAAGUGGCUUGUGCAAUUGAUCUCAUUUUAAUCCAGCAAGUAGUUUACACCAAGUGAACCUGCUGAUGCUUCACACCUCCUCCCUUUAUCUCAUAGACCUCUUUUAGUCUCAAAACCAUGUAGGGGUGUGAUGUGACAUGACAAGUGAUGCAUGUGAUGACAAGUGAUGAUGUGUCAGAGCCUAGUGGGCAUUUCUGUCUAAUGGGACCAACAAAAAUAAGGAGAGUGGGCUGUGAUUUGCACUGUAAAGUUCGGUAGUACUUUAUGACAUUUCAUUUCUUACCAGCUGCAGAUGGUACUUUUAUCCAAAGCAACUUAUCUAUUGUUUUUUUUAGGUACAGGGUAUUGGUUACAAGCCCUGGAUAAAUGGGAUUAGGAGUUGUUCAAGGAUGAAAUUCCAACCCUGUACUCGCCAUGGCUUGUAUGUCUACUAAUAUUAAUGAUAAGUGACAUUGAAUAUGAAUGACAAUAUUCAGAAUGGGCAACACUUUUCAUUAUGAAUUGGCUGCUAAUAAGGUGGUAAUUUGGUAAUUGUAGUGAUUCCUAUGCAUAGUAAUUACUAUGUU